UCAGCCGUUCAGUGCACGUAUGUCGCCUUACUAUUCGAGAUGUCGCGUUAACAAAUGUUACCCAAAGUUUUUGGUUUUAAUCUUUGCUUACAUAGGAGUGGAAAGUUCCCUCGUGGAACCGCCCCUUCUAGAAUCUAUGAAAACAAACAUGUACGAAUUUAAAAGGGUCAGCUAAGAGGACCCUCACGCUCUUGCGGAUCUUGCACGAGCUGAAAAAUGACCACCGGUGUGGAGCGACUAUUCGAAGAACUUGGACACUUUAAAAGGUUUCAGGCAUGUGUCUACUUUGCUGCUAUUUUCCAGGCCAUCUCAUGUGGAAUACAUUACUUGGCCUCAGUUUUCUUAGUUGAAACACCAAAAUUUAUUUGUGAUGCCCCUCCAAAUAUCACAGAUGUCCUAUAUGGAAAUCACUCGUCAACCUCGUUAAUAGAUAUCUGGACUCACUACAAGCCAGGUGCCGGACCAGUGGUUGUGCAGACUGCAAGAGGAGACCAAUGGGAACUUAGUUCUUGUUUCAAAACACUGCGGGUUGAUGCCAUCAAUUUUCAAUAUGAGUUUUUUGGCAACAAGACUGUGGUGUCUUGUAGUGGCUUUGUCUAUGAUCAUAGUGAGGUCCAGCAGAGUAUUGUAACAGAGUGGGACCUGGUGUGUGAGAAGGAAUGGCUGGCCAAGCUCACACAGCCAACUUUUAUGUUGGGAGUUCUGAUUGGAGCAUUGGUAUUCGGGGACAUCGCCGAUAGAAUUGGCAGAAGGCCCAUUCUGAUUGCUACCAGCUUGUGCCAGUUUGCAUUUGGCAUCCUUGUUGCAUUUACAGGAAACUACUACCUUUUUGUGGCGAUGCGUUUCCUACUGGCCACUGUGUCGAGUGGGUAUCUGGUUGUAGUCUUUGUAUAUGUGACAGAGUUUACAGGAAAUAAAGUGCGCACAUGGACCUCUAUGCAUGUGCAUGCAGCCUUUGCUGUGGGCAUCAUGAUAGUGGCUCUAGUGGGGUACCUUGUUCGUGUCUGGUGGAUCUACCAGAUCCUCCUCACCCUCAGUACCUGUCCAUUCUUGCUCUUCUGCUGGAAGCUUCCAGAAACACCCUUCUACCUUAUGGCUAAAGGCCAGUACAAGGAGGCCCAGGAGCUGCUGGACACAAUCACCCACUUCAAUGGCCUUCCACCCACACUUAAGGUUUCAGAUCUAAAGGAAGAAAGUGAUGGAGCACUGCUGACGGGAAACAGGAAAGCAAUGGAAGCCGAGAAGAAGCUAAGCAUCCUGGACAUGUUUGGAAGCUUGAAAAUGGCCUGUCGUAGUGCCACAUGCUGGGCUAUUUGGUUUAUCGGAAGCUUGGGAUACUAUGUCUUUAGCCUGGGGUCUGUCAACUUGGGAGGAAACCAGUAUAUGAACCUCUUUCUUGCUGGUGCUGUUGAGAUUCCAUCAUACUUGAUUGGCUGCUUUGCUAUGGAUCAGGUGGGCAGGAAAAAGACGUGUGUCCCAGCUCUGCUGCUCAGUGGAGUAGCCUGUAUGCUCAUUAUUAUGGUGCCCCAGGAUAUUGAGGCCUUGGCUAUAGUCCUGAGUAUGACAGGGAAAUUUGCCAUUGCCAUUGCAUUUGGUCUGGUUUACUUGUACACCUGUGAGCUUUAUCCCACUAUGAUCAGGUCUCUGGCAGUAGGCAGUGGUAGUAUGAUGUGCCGGGUGGGAAGUGUGGUGGCCCCUUUCUGUGUUUACCUUGCUGAUACAUGGAUCUACCUGCCUCAGCUUAUUGUGGGAAUUCUGGCUUUCAUCACUGGAAUCCUGACCAUGUUUCUUCCGGAAACUCUUGGACAGCCCCUCACAUCCACUUUGGAAGAGGCUGAGGCUCUGGGCUCCAAGCCCAGCAAGAAGAAUGCUGCAGUGGAUGGGGUAGAGAUGAAUCAAACCAAUAAAGUUUGAAUCAGCUAUGUACUUUAUGAAGUACUUUAUUGAGUUGAUAUGGAACGACCCUGCUUUGAUUUUAGAGUAAUCUAGGUUUAAAACAUUUUGACAGAUUUCUGUAAAUUACAUUUUCAGAUAGAAUUCAUGAACAAGCCUGUUAUGCCAGCUGCUGUACACUUGCAAUACACUUCAAUGCUGUAUUAGCAAAGAGACAAACAUGUUUUUUAAUACAUAUGUGAUAUGUGAAUUUGAGACCAAUUUUUGGAAAUUAGUCCACAGUAUGUAGAUAAGAGUUUUUGAUUGAAUUUUAGACAAGUAAUUAUACUUUUAUUAUUUAAAAGGGAUAGACCUCAAAUUUGGUGGCAUAUUUAUUUUGGCUUUACAAAGCCAGCAUACUGUUAUUCUACAGACCUCUUUUUAAAUUCCUAAACCAAGACUAAAAUUAUCAAUUGUAACUCAAAGAUCUAGAGCUUUCAAGCUUCACCAAACUUGGCACAGACAAACCUUCAGACAGUUCUGACUAAGGUUGCCAUGUUUUUUUCUAAUUGAUUGGACUUAUGGUUUUCACGUAAUGGACAACUGAAAAUCCCCCAAAUCCCAUAUACAUCCGUUGAUAGACUUUUUAAACUGACCAAGAUUCUGUCAUGGUAUGUUAAAGGUGCUGUAAGCAAAUGUUUCAUGGGAAAAUGGAAAAAAUGUUCCUACUCCCUUAAAGAUAUUAAUGAAAUAAUUGCUUUUAACAUGUCAAUCAUUUUGCUCAUUCUCAUAGUGUUGUAUUUGAAGCGGAUAAUUGAGGUUAUGAUUCAUAAUGUUUGUCAGUUGAGGGCGCUAUUGUGCCACUCUUGAAUUUGACUCUGUUUUGGAAAAUUAUCUUUGGAGGGUGGAAUUUUGGAAUGUGGGGGCAUGGCUAACUUAGUGGCUCAGUCACGUGAAAGCUUAACACUAAAUCGCUUACAGCACCUUUAAUGAUUUCCAACUGUCAAAACUCUCAGUCUUGUGGGCAAGGCCUUAAGCCCCCCUCUAUCUGUCUCUCUCUCUCUAUAUAUAUAUAUAUAUCUAUCUAUCUACUGGAGAGCCAUGGCAACCAGCCAGGACACCCUAGUAACCACUUAGAAAUGCACUGUAUGUGUGUGUCUGACAGUCUGGACUGGAUAAUCCUUAAACAUCCAAUUUUAAAACAAGGCUUUGUCAAGCCAACAUCAAAGUGUCUUGACAAACUAUCUCUUUUUAUCUUGAGGUUCUUUCUUUCUUUCUUUCUUUUUGGUGUGUGUGAUUGUAAAAAUGACAGUUACAAUAUAGUAUUUUUUCAGAACAAAGUACUUUAGAUUGAAGAACUGUUGACAUUUUGCAAUGCAAUUUGAACAUCAUUAAAACAUGACUGAACAUUUGGAUAUUUGAACAUUUGGAUAUUACACUAAUAUAUGAUGUAUCCUAAACACAAUCUAAGUAAGUUCACUGACUUUAUCAGCUAGACCUUAGGCCAAGCCUUACUCCACUUCAGAGGACAAGGGAAACUCAAGUUUAUUAUCAGUUAACAGUGUAUUGCAUGAUUAGUUGAAAGACUGUGUUUGUAUGAAGCUGUUUUUAUAUACACUUGCAUCUAAGUGUUUAGAUCAAGAUUCAUCAGUAUUGUUCAUAUUAAACUGUGACUGUAUUUUAAUCUAAUUUUAUUUUCUAUUACAAUUUUGGUUUCUAAUGAUUAUGAAAACAAGAUAAAAUGAUUAAUGUGCCACAUUCUGUUUCGCAAUGAAACACCCCGGUGUUAUAUCUUUAUAGCAUCCUUUAUUAAAGUUCAAUUAAAAAGAAAGCAUGUUAUGAAAAGAAACUUAUAUUUUAAACUAACCGGCAUAACCAGCAUAAACAUAGCAAUUUCUCUGUGCAGUCUAUGAGUUGCUUGAAGUGACCGGGGAAGAGAUUGAAUCUUCUCCCGGCUGAUGCACACUGGUGUGGGGCGCUCAUCACUCGUGCACGUUUGCUGCAGCUAGAUUAUAACGUGAUGGCUCAUGACAUACUGAAUAAUAAUAUGUGUCACGUUCACUGUGUGUAUCUUUUCAUUAAGAAAAUCGGUGAUACCCAGCUCUAUUAAGAAGAGAAAGUUCGUUUUUUUGUGAGUUAAAGAUGGAUCGAAGUGAACAUAAAGGUGAGAGUGUAGUUUUAGCCCAAUACACUUGAACAAAAUCAAGUGUAUAAUAAUUUUUUGGCUUGUUUUCCUAAAUAAUAUCUAAAACACCAUACAUUUAAUUUAGGAGCCAUACUGCAGAAGAAAAAAUUGUUAUCGGAGAAUAUUGAAAAAAGCUUGUCCGAGACAAGUGGAUUUUGGAAAGCGCAAGUGAAAGAGUUUUACUUGCCCCACCGGACAAUCAGACUAAUUAAAACGCCAAUAACAAAAAAAUAACCAGCUAUAUGUGAUAGCCUAGGCCUGGGCCACUUAUUAGAAAGAUCAUAUUCUUAUUCUGCUGUUGAUGUAAUUUUAUAAUUCGCAAGCGAUCUAGUAACAGCUGAGCCCUGUUUGAUUGACAGGUGGCAUAUACAUGUGUGCUGAACAUGUGCGUGUGUGAAAAUGCUCACGCUAAUGCGCACCUGAAUGGUCAAAUACAUUCCACCAAAUUGCCAGUCUUGGUGAGGUAUUCAUGUAAACACAGAGAGCGAUAUCUAAGGUGAACAUAAACAGUGGAGAAAAAAGUGGAUUUGUAUUAAAAUGUUGGACUUGUAAGUAUAAAUGUAGCUAAUAGACCUGCUGCAGUCUAGUGUGUCAUUCUAAUAAUCAAACAACCAUAACAAGAAAAUGUUAAAACACUCAAUGCUCUUGACUUAGCUUUAGUAGCUUUAAAAAGUAUUCAUGUAUUAUUAUCAUACAAUGAAGACCAGUGGUAUUUUUAUGUUGCAUUUCAUUCUGAAUGUUUACUUUGAUUCUGCUGUUAAAAACUUUUAAAGCUGUUAUAAAA